AUGGCCUCCACAACCGCCUUUACACCAUCACCUGUCACCUCCUCCACAUCGUUCCACCCGGUCACGGGACCUGGCGACAUUGGCGGGUAUCCCUUUACGACGUCGCAACGUCCAUCAAUCGCGGUCAACUCGGCGUCGGCCUCGCCGACUGGCAAGCUCGUCAAUCGCAAGAAGAUCCACAACGUCCUCGCGCUCUCCCGUCCGGCUACCGUGUUCAACUCUGUCAUGCUCUCCUUCCCGGUCGUCGGGGUCGUCAACGACAAGCUCCGCACCGUCCACGCCCGCCGCUCCUCUGGAUCGGCGUCGUACGGCACCUCGUGUGCCUCGCCCAUGCUCUCAGGCGUCCGUCAUCGCGACGGCAACUCGGGCAUCGUUCAGGUGGGCGUCCACGUGCGUCGCGCAGCGACGGCCGGCCGGUGA